AUGCUGAACCACACAGAGGUCAGUGAGUUCAUCCUUUUGGGCCUCACCGAUAUCCAAGAUCUACAAUACUUUUUCUUCAUCUCCUUCCUGUUGCUCUACCUAACUAGUCUUCUGGGAAAUGGUGUCAUUGUGACCAUGGUGAUAUCUGAGCCGCGGCUCCACACACCGAUGUACUUCUUCCUGGGGAACCUUUCCUGCCUGGACAUUUUUUACUCUACAGUUACUGUUCCCAAGAUGCUGACUGGUUUUCUCUUUGGGCAUCAGCCUAUUUCUCUUGCUGGGUGCUUGGCCCAGCUCUACUUCUUCCACUUUCUGGGCAGUACGGAGGCUGUGCUCCUGGCCACCAUGGCUUAUGACCGCUAUGUGGCCAUUUGCAACCCACUGUGCUACACCCUUGUCAUGAGCCCAAGGACUUGUCUGCUGCUGGCUGUGGCCAGCUGGUCCAUUGGUUUUGUACAUGCCAUGAUGCAUUCAAUUAUGACCUCUCAACUGAGUUUCUGUGGGCAUAACCAAAUUCAUCACUUUUUCUGUGAUAUCAAGCCACUGUUGAAUUUGGCUUGUAGUAGUACCAGCCUCAACAUGAUCCUCCUUAAUGUUGUCACCACAUCUAUUGCUCUAGGCCCAUUCAUUCUCAUAGUCCUUUCCUACCUAUACAUCGUCUCCUUCCUCUUCCAGAAAGUCCAGACUCAGGAAGGAAGAUGGAAGCCCUUCUCCACCUGUGCCUCUCACCUUACCGUUGUGGCACUAAUGUACAUACCACUGUUCUUCAAUUAUACACCUCCAUCCUCAAGCAGCUCCUCUAUAACAGACAUGCAGGUGUCUGUCAUGUACAGUGCCAUCACCCCGGCUCUGAACCCCUUGAUCUACACUCUUAGGAACCAGGAGGUGAGAUCUGCCCUGAAUAAAACAUUAGGGAGAAAACUCUCCUGGUGGAAAGUGACCAAAACAGGAACAAGAUUCAGAAUGUGGUUACUCCACCAUUCAUAUUUACAAGAGAAGAGAUCAAAAGGAUGCUGUAUUACAAGAGACUAA